CUUAUAACAAAAUUAGUAGAUCCUAGAACUAGAGUGUCUUAUGCUAAAAAUCUUAUAGAUACUAGUGAUGAAGGAUUAGAAGAACUAAAAGAAUUGAAUAAAAAAAGUUAUUCAUUUUAUGAUAAUAUAUUUGAAGAAAACAAUAAAGGAGCCUUUGAAUUUAAAGAUGAUAUUUUAGAAUACUUUUCAGAUGAUUUAGAUAAAGAUUUUUAA